AUGACAUUCAGAACCCCAACAAAUUUACCUUACGUGGAAACCCCUUUGGUUAAGUCCGCUGAACUCUCCAAGAUCUGUGAUGUUUACCUUAAAUGCGAAUUCACUCAGCCGUCUGGAUCGUUUAAAUCAAGGGGUUUGGGCCAUUUGAUUCAAAAAUCCCUUGAAGAAGCCCAAAGUCUCAACAAAAAGAUCCAUUUGUUCACAUCUUCUGGAGGUAAUGCGGGGUUGGCAGCAAGUACAGCAGGAAGUUUUUACAACUUACCUUGUACUGUAGUGUUGCCAAUCACCACCAAGCUAAGAAUGAAGGAAAAAAUCGAAAGAACUGGUGCAGAAGUUAUUAUUCAAGGAAAGCAUUGGGGUGAGGCCGAUGAAUUCUUGAGAAAUGAAAUAAUUGCCAAGGUUGAUCUCAAUGAGAUUGUUCCUAUUUAUUGUCAUCCAUUUGACCAUGAAUUAAUUUGGGAAGGACAUUCGACAAUGAUUGACGAGAUUGUUUACCAAAUCCCCGAAUCCAAGAUUUCAAAGAUCAAGGGAAUCGUAUGCUCCGUUGGUGGUGGUGGUUUAUAUAAUGGGGUUGUUCGUGGUUUGAUCAAAAAUGGUUUAGAAAUUCCUGUGUUGGCAGUAGAGACUGAGAAUGCCCCAACAUUACACAGUGCUAUAGAAGCGGGUAAAGUCGUUUAUUUAUCAGAUGUUAAAACCGUGGCGACUUCGUUGGCAAGUCCAUAUAUCAGUCUGAAAUCAUUGGAAAACUCAAAGGCUCACCCAACACAUCUGAUUUUAAUCACUGAUAAUAACUCGCUUGAAGGGGUCGUCAGCUUUGCCAAUCAUCAUAAUAUUAUUGUUGAGCCUGCUUGUGGGGCUUCAAUUUUUGCAGCCGAUAAUCUUUCUCUUCUUGAAAAGGCCUUCGGUAAAUUAUCCAAGGAUGACAUAGUUAUUGUCAUUGCUUGUGGUGGAUCUGCAACUACAUAUGGAGAUAUUGUCAAAUAUCAAAAAAUACUUAUAGAUGAACACAAGUGA